AUGUGGGACCUGGGGCAGUGCGACAAGAAGCGAUGCACAGGCACCCGCCUGGUCAGGCAUGGACUUGUGCAGGAGCUGCGACUCGGCACGGUGUUUCCCGGCGUCAUCCUCUCCCCCAUGGGCCGCAACUGCGUCUCUCGCGCCGACCGGCAGCUCAUCGCCUCCAGGGGCCUGGCGGUGGUGGACUGCUCCUGGGCCAGGCUGGACGACGUGCCCUUUGCCAGGAUCAAAGGCAAUGCGCCCCGUCUCCUGCCCUGGCUCCUGGCUGCCAACCCCGUGAACUACGGUCGACCGGCCAAGCUCUCCUGCGCCGAGGCUCUGGCCGCCGCCCUGUACAUUUGCGGCUUCCCAGCCGAGGCCCGGGCCGUCAUGGGCCGGUUCAAGUGCUUCCUGAGCCUGAACGAGGAGCUGCUGGAGGGCUACGCAGCAUGUCCGGGACCCGAGGAGGUGAUAGAGUACCAGCAAAGACACGUGGCCUCCCUGCAGGAGGGGUCUCGCCGGAGAGAGCGGGGGCCCGAACAGGGCGACGACUACCUGGACCCGGACGACCUUCCCUCCUCGGAUUCUUCCGGCACCGAGUCUGAGUCAGACAGCACGGCCACGGAUGAGGGCGGCCAGGGGCCACUGGGCCAUGGCGCGCGUUCAGGCGAGGCGCAAGCAAGCGAGGCAGGCGAGGAGCUGGCGCGGCUGGGCGUCAGUGGGGAGCGGCGAGACGGCAGCCGGUCACCGGAACAGCACAGUGGAUGA